AUGCCAGCUUCAACCCAAGAACUACUAGAAAGACAAGAAAACUUAAAAUCAUCAAACUACUUACUUUACAAAUUGAAUAGUUUCUACUACAUUUACUUCUAUUCAACUCCUUUGCCAUAUUCAACAUUAGGAGAGGCCAUCGUCUUUAAUGGUUUACUCUUAUCAUUGGUAGUAUUAUUGAUUUACUACACAGUCUGGAUAUUACCUUUGAAAUUACUUCAGUCAAGUGAAAAUUUGUAUUAUUAUAUCACUGGCCAUUCAAUUUCCUUUGAUGUUCUUCAAGCUAUCAAUUCCAUCUUCCAUUUGAAUGGUGAAAACUCAACUUUUGUUAUUAAUCAGUGGUCAGAUUUGCCUAAAGUUAUAAGGAUUUAG